AUGACAAUACGAGUAGCCAUUAUUGGCGCAGGCCCUGGUGGCCUGGUGACCCUUAAGACCUUACUGGAGGCAUCUAUGCCUGACCGGCAGAUCGAGGCAUACCUCUUCGAAACUGAGUCUGAUGUCGGGGGUACAUUCAACUAUCGCUCUUACGAGAAUGCCGAAUUGGUCAGCAGUAAGCAGUUGACAACGUUCUCAGAUCACCGCUUGCCGCCUGGGACUCCCGACCAUGUGUCACUGCCCGAAUACGUCGACUAUCUCCGGUCUUAUGUUAAGCGAUUCAACCUGGGUUCGUAUAUCAAGUUCAACUGUCCCGUGGUUCGCGUGUCUCCGCUCCAUGAUGGUUCCAGAUGGGCCCAUCGAGUGAGCUAUGUGGAUCGGAAUGGUGGAGACGAUACUAAGGAGAGUACUUUUGACUGCUCGCACAUUGCCAUCUGUACUGGACUUCACGUUGAGCCGAAUAUUCCGGAUAUCCCAGGGAUCGAGAAUGUCCGGGGUGACGUAUUCCACUCAUCGCUUUACAAGAACCGUGAUCAAGUAGCUGGCAAGAAAGUUCUUAUCUUGGGAUGCGGUGAAACAGCUAUGGAUAUUGCCUAUGAGUCCAUCAAAGCCGAUGCCGAAUCAGUCACCAUGUGUUUCCGCACCGGCUUCCUCUCCUUCCCCAAGCAGCUCAGCCGGUUCCAGGUAUUCGGCAAGACCUUCAAUGGGGGCCUUCCAAUCGAUGGUCUCAUUACCAACCUCUUCGAAACUGCAUACGUCCAUCGGGCAGUCGCUCAAAGCAGAUUACGCUGGUUCAUUUCGGACUUUGUGAUCAAGCGAGUUCUCUGGUUCCUGACCGGAACCCAGGCCGGUAUGAACCAGCAUGUCGGCGCUCUUCCCAAAGAGCGAUUGGGGAGAGCCUUUGUUUUCCUCAACAAGAGCAACAAGGCGAUGCCUUAUCUCAAUCGUCCUUAUAAGACAGACAAUCCAUUUUUAGCCUACAUCGGUAACCGCUACAUCGAUCCUCCGGAGGAUGCUGCAUCCGAGCGAGUCGUUGACACUUGCACCUGGCCGACGUCUAUUGAUGAUACGGGACGGGUCUAUUUCCAGCCAAACCACGAUAGAAAAGAUUGGCAGCGUUUGAAAAGCCGAAAUAUUCAGCCAAACUGUGUGAUUUAUUGCUCGGGAUACAAACAAACGUUUCCUUAUCUUGACCCAUCAUAUCCGACGGCAUCAGACGCUCAGAUCCGAAACAUUAUCAAUCCAUCCUGUCCAGACAUCGCUUUUAUCGGUUUCGUGCGUCCCGGCGUUGGCGCAAUCCCACCCAUAGCCGAACAACAGGCCAUGUGGUGGACGGCCCUCAUCACAGGGCGCAUGCAGAUGCCUACAGAUCCUCCCUACUAUCAUCUUCUUACCGCCAAGGGAUCUCGUAUCCAAUACGGCGUCGACCACAGCGCGUAUAUGAGCACGUUGGCCAAGGAUUUUGGCGGUGCACCGGGACUACUUGAGCUGUAUCGUCACCAUGGGUUGCAAAUCCUGCUAAUCUACUGCUUUGGUGCAUCGUUCGUUACAUUUUAUAGGCUAAUGGGGCCAUUUGAAUCAUCCGUUGCGCCUGAGAUUUCUCGGACAGAAUUGGCCGAGACUAUUCUCCGACGGGGUUAUAUCGGAAACCUCUUUUUUGGAGGUAUACCGAUGCUCUUUUAUGGCGUUGUCAAUUCUGUGGCCUUGUUCCUCGACUUGAUCGGGCUGCUUCCUCACGAAUCAGAGAUCAGGUGCGGUGAAUUUGGGAUGAAGAGCGAAGCUUAA